UAGCUUACCUGUCACUUCUCUCCCUCGCCCCCCCAUUCCAGCAUUCCUGUAGGGAAUAUUACUGUUUCCUCUCUCCCACACUCAAGUUACCUGUCAUCUCUCUCUCUCUCUCUCUCUCUCUGUUUUCAAUCAGUUCAAAACCCUAACUCGCUCUCUCUCUCGCACAAUGGGAGCUUCAAACAACAACGACCUUCCGAGCUUCAGCUACGCGGCAUCAAUGGAGGAUCGCCGAUUCUCGAAGAACGUUUACGAUAACGUCCACGGAAACAUCUAUCUCGAUCCACUCACUUUGAAGUUCAUCGAUACUGAGCAGUUUCAGAGACUUCGUGAUCUAAAGCAACUCGGUGUAACAUACAUGGUUUAUCCUGGGGCUGUACAUUCUCGGUUUGAGCAUUCACUUGGGGUAUAUAGUCUGGCUGGUGACGCAAUUCAUAAAAUCAAAAGCUACCAAGGCAUGGAGCUUGGCAUCGAUGAUUUUGAUAUACAGACAGUAAAACUUGCUGGAUUACUGCAUGAUGUGGGUCACGGGCCAUUCAGCCACUUGUUUGAGCAUGCGGUUGUUCCCAAGGUUCUCAAUGGCUCCAAAUGGUCUCAUGAGGAAAUGUCUCUGAAGAUGAUAGACCACAUUGUUGAUGUGCACAACAUUGACAUUGAUCCUGAAAGUCUUAAGAAAGUGAAGGAAAUGAUAAUUGCUAGCUCUGAAAAUGCUCCUUCAAAAAGUUCAAAAGAGAAGCGUUUCUUAUAUGAUAUUGUUGCAAAUGGUCGAAAUGGGAUUGAUGUAGACAAAUUUGACUACAUUGUUCGCGACUCUCGUGCCUGUGGACUAGGCUGCAGUUUCCAUUUUCAGAGGCUUUUGGAAAAUAUGCGAGUUAUAGAUGAUGAAAUAUGUUAUCGUGCUAAGGAACAUCUUACCAUCCACAAGUUAUUCUCCUCUCGUGCUGAUCUUCAUCGAACAGUCUAUAUGCAUGCCAAAGUAAAGGCAAUAGAACUCAUGUUUGUAGAUGCACUGCAAAAAACAAAUGAUUAUUUUGGACUGGCAUCAAGCAUUCAGGAUCCAGCUGAAUACUGGAAGCUAGAUGACUCGAUAAUAAAAAGAAUUGAAACUUCUUCCGACCAACAGCUCAAGGAGUCUAGAGAUCUGAUCCAGCGGAUUCGGAGAAGGGAUCUGUACCAGUUCUGCAAUGAGUUUGCUGUUCCCAAGGACAAGCUGGAGCACUUCAAAAACGUCACUGCCCAAGAUAUCAUUUGUUCUCAGAAAACUGGCAGUGCUACACUAAAAGAAGAAGAUGUUGCUGUGAGCAAUGUUAAAAUUGAUUUGACACAUGGAAGGAAAAAUCCUGUUGAAAGGAUCAACUUUUUCAAGGACUACGAGAGCAAUGAGAAAUUCCAUAUACAGGAUGAGCGCAUCAGUCACUUGCUGCCUGCAUAUUAUCAAGAUAUGAUAGUGAGGGUGUACUCGAAGAAGCCCGAAUUGGUCGAAGCAGUUUCUGAUGCUUUUGAGAAUUUUCAACUGAGGAUGUAUGGGAUGAAAACCCAAGUACAUGCCACUCCCGAGAAAAAGAAACGCCGAAUGUAGUUACUUCAGUUAGUUUGAAGAUAUACAUAUUCUGUACAUUUGUAAGUAAAGAUACUAAAAAUGUCAUGAUCACGAGUAGAUGUGUAAAGAACUUCUCCUAAUCCCUCUCGCUCUCUUUCUCCAUUAGCUCUGAUAGUCCAGUUUUAUUUCUUGCAAGUACUCUCUAGAUCAUACUAACUAUGAAUGUCACCUAUACUCUUGAUUGAUAAAAAAAAUAGCAUAACUCAUGAUACAAGCUUAUGAACA